ACCUACCAAUCUCUUUCUUUGCUUCCUUUCUGCAGAAAAUGAUGUGUUCUCCCCUACCACCCUCACCCCGCAAUCCAAACACAAACGCGAGCACAUCUGACACAAAGAUCUUCCCUAGACCCCCUCCACCCUCCAAUACUUGGUUCACCCAAGAUGCGCUUCUUGGUUUCGAGCAGGAGAGGACAAGUUCUGAAGGAAGCUUUACCUGUAUGGAAGGUGGGGACGCCCCGCCAGGCAUCUCCAUGGGGCGCGCCAUGUCCUCGGAAGGCGACCUGGACCUCCUGGAGCAGCUGCUCUCCGGCGACAACGCCUGGCUUGAAGUGGCGCCCAACACUUCUCGCUCACCCAAUUUUUUUGCUUCUCCCUCCACCUUCCUCUCAGAUGCCACAGCCACCACCACCACGACGCCGGCAGGCGCAAACAGCACCCUGUGGAUUCCGCCAGCCUCCUCCACCGUCCGGCAAAGGUUUGAGCAAGCUCUGGAUUACAUCAAGCAGAUGCAGAGAGAUGCCGGCAUGCUUGUGCAGCUAUGGGUGCCGCAAAAAAACUGUGAUGGCAAGUUGGUGCUGACAACGAGCGGGCAGCCAUUUACUCUGGACAACACCUCAGAUAGACUCAUGCAGUUCAGGGACGUGUCGACGCAUUACCACUUCUCUGCAGAUGUUGGGUCGGAAGCCUCACCGGUUGGGCUCCCCGGGAGGGUGUUCAUUGGCAAGCUACCUGAGUGGUCACCGGACGUUCGGCUCUUCACCAGCUAUGAAUACCCCAGGGUAAAAUAUGCUCAGGAUUUGGACGUCCAUGGGACGAUGGGGCUGCCGGUGUUCGAGAAGGGGAGUUACUCGUGCUUGGGUGUCAUGGAAUUGAUCAUGACCAGGCAAAAGCUCAACUUCACCUCAGAGAUCAACGACAUCUGCAGGGCUCUCCAGGCAGUUAACCUGAGAAGCACAGAAGUUUCAAGCACUCCGCGCGCCACAAAGUUCAACAGUGCUUCCUACAAAGAUGCUCUACCAGAGAUACUAGAAGUCCUAAGGGCAGCCUGCGUCACCCACAAUCUCCCAUUAGCUCAGACCUGGGUCACAUGUGCUCAACAAGGGAAAGGGGGAAGCCGCCACACCGAUGAGAACUACCCGUACUGCAUCUCCACCAUUGACACAGCAUGCUACGUCAAUGAUCCCCAGAUGCAGAACUUCCAUGACUCCUGCUCUGACCACCACCUUCUGCGUGGGCAAGGAGUUGCAGGGAAAGCCUUCGAAACGAACCAGCCAUGCUUCUUACCAGACAUUGGAUCUUCAGCUAAAGAACACUAUCCAUUAUCCCACCAUGCUAAGAUCUUCAACUUAAAAGGUGCCGUGGCAAUCCGGUUGAGGUGCACGCGGACUGGGACAGCGGACUUUGUGCUAGAGUUCUUUCUGCCGACCAACUGUGAAGCCCUCGAGGAGCAAAAGGCAGUCCUGGACUCCUUGUCAGGCACCAUGCGUAGUGCUUGCCGAACUCUACGUGUGGUUACGGACAAGGAGAUUGGGGAUGAGGAAAUGCUGGAAGUGAAUGAGCUGAACUCAUUUGGUCCUCAAGGGAAGAAUAAGGUUGAAGAGUUGUCCUUUGGAAACCAAGCAACAGAACAUAGAGAGGAGGCAUCAUGGACAAGUCUAGCAAGGACUUCAAAAGAAUCAGAUUUAGCUGAAUUAAGUAUGCAUGGUAUGCUAUCACCUGUAGGACAGGGUCUAUCUCCAGCUGGUGCUCAGACAAGUGCACAAGGCAGCAAAGGGAAAAGGCGCACAAAGACGGAGAAGACUGUGAGCUUGCCGGUUCUUCGGCAGUACUUUGCUGGUAGCCUGAAAGAUGCAGCAAGGAGCCUUGGAGUGUGCCCUACCACCCUCAAAAGAAUAUGCAGGCAGCAUGGUAUAAAUCGCUGGCCAUCACGAAAGAUCAAGAAGGUAGACCAUUCUCUAAGAAAGCUGCAGCAGAUCAUUGAUUCAGUUCACGGAGGAGAGACAGCUUUCCAGCUUAAUACCCUGUACAAGGAUCUCACAAACACCUCUGUAUCAUCUGACAACAAUUUGUCAGGAAGCGUCACAGUUCCUCCACACAAGCAGAGCAAUCUCACUGAUUUUGAGGGGCACCGACACCACAGGCUAAGCAGUAAUGUGCCAUCAACCUCACACUCACACUCAUCAUGCAGCCAAAGUUCUGAUUCAAGCCCGUCAUCGUGCAGUGGUGGAUCAACAAAGCAUCCACCUCAGGCUGGAGUUGAUUUGCUUAUGUCAGGAAAUCCUGUAAAUCACAGCCCUGUCCAGACUCUGCAAACAGAAAAUGCAUCAAUAAGAGGACAUUUCCCAGUUCAGGAGGCACCAGAUCUGUUGCAUAAUCUGAACCAACAGGCUUUAGGUGGGCAGCAUUCUUCUCGAAGCCCAUCACCCCCAAAACAGAAUGCAGAUGCAGGUAUGAGAAUAAAGGCCACAUUUGGCUCAGAAAAGGUCAGGUUCAGAUUGAAGCCUGAGUGUAGUUUUCAAGAACUGAAGCAGGAGAUGGCAAGACGUUUGAGUAUAGUAGACACAAGCUUUUUGAUUGUAAAGUACCUGGAUGAUGAUUUAGAGUGGGUCUUGAUGACAUGCGAUGCAGAUUUACAGGAAUGCCUUCAUGUAUAUAAACUAGCAAAUCUCCAAACAGUCAAAAUUUCAGUUCAUCUAGCUCCUAUUCCGGAGGCAAGGGUCACUAUUGGUCACACUGGUUUGUCAUAAAGACAUCGUAGGCCUCAUCAGCUUGUGGGAUUUAAUCAGAAAUCUACGAAGAAGCAGUGCUUGGUUUUACCAGAGGGCAGCCCAGAAUCCAUGAUUGGCAGUCCAUGCUAGGUAGCAAGUAACAUCACUGCUUCCAGUUUUGCUGCUAGCUGGAUUAGCCUUUGAUUUGAUUCUCAGGCUAGGAGCUGCUGAUGACACUAAAGCCAGUUUCAAGUAUUAGAAUACACUGAAGUAAGCAUGCAUUGACUUGUAAAUACUCUCACUGAUGUACCACAAACUCUGAAUGACAGUCCAACUUGAUUGUGUUGAUAGGGUGGAUAUCUCUGAAUAAGGUUUGCUCAAGAUAUAUUUUGGUUCUUGGAAUGUUGAUGUGCAAUAAUCCCCAAUGGCUUUGUCUGAUUAUUGAUCAACUGAGGAUAUGCCGCCAUUCAAUGCCUCACCCAAGUGACCAGCACCAAGGCUUUCAGUGUUCAGUGUGUUUUAUCAUUCAAUGGACAUGAAGCUCUAUUUUUGUAACAAAAAUUCUGCAGUAAUUAUUCUGGAUUAGUUCUAGAUAUUGGAGGAUAGGGUACUUUGUUCAAUUUUUUUGUCCUUACAAAACUAAAUAUGUAUGGUACACUCGUACCACAGAACUGUCUCUUUGCAAAGACUGUUUGUUGCCGUAGACAGUGCUUUAUUUAAGAAGCUUUCAGUUUGGUGA